AUCUCAUCCAUGGAGCAAAUGGCUUUGGAAAAUGUUUCUUCAGUGACAGAGUUUAUUCUUAUGGGAUUAACAGACCAACCUGAGCUCCAACUGCCCCUCUUUUUCCUAUUUUUAGUCAACUACAUAGUCACUGUAAUGGGAAAUUUGAGCUUAUUGAAUCUUAUUUUCCUAAACCCACACCUUCAUACACCAAUGUACUUUUUUCUCUUCAAUCUGUCCUGCAUUGAUUUCUGUUAUUCAUUUGUCUUUACCCCCAAAAUGCUGAUGAGCUUUGUUUCAGAGAAGAACAUCAUCUCUUUCACUGGAUGCAUGACACAGCUGUUUUUCUUCUGUUUAUUUGUCAACUCUGAGUCCUAUGUUCUGACAGCCAUGGCCUAUGAUCGCUAUGUAGCCAUCUGUCAGCCCCUGCAGUACACAGUCAUCAUGUCCCCUAGGACCUGUUCUCUGCUGAUGGCCAGUUCAUACUUGAUGGGGCUUGCUGGUGCCAUGGCCCAUACAGGUUGUAUGCUAAGGCUGAUCUUUUGUGAUUCCAACACCAUCAACCACUACAUGUGUGACAUCUUCCCCCUCCUCCAGCUCUCCUGUAGCAGCACCUACGUCAACGAGCUUGUGAGUUACAUAGUUGUAGGUACAGUUGUCAUUUUAUCUAGCCUCAUUAUCUUAAUCUCAUAUGCAUUGAUUCUUUUUAAUGUCAUUCAUAUGUCAUCUGGUAAGGGUUGGUCCAAAGCCAUGAGCACCUGUGGUUCUCACAUAAUAACUGUUGGCCUCUUCUAUGGAUUUGGAUUACUUGCUUAUGUCAAACCUAAAUCUGCUGAGUCUGUGAGCCAGGGGAAAUUCUUUUCAGUAUUUUAUACUCUUGUGGUGCCCAUGCUAAAUCCCCUCAGUUAUAGCCUCAGAAAUAAGGACAUCAAACUUGCUCUGAAGAAAACCUGGAAGAGAAUCACAAGCUGA